AUGCUGGAGGGUCAGCUCGAAGCUGGGGAGCCCAAGGAGGACACCCCAGAGGACCCAUGCCUGGGAACUGGGGCUGACACAGAGAAGACAGCUGUGCCAGCCGAGGUACCCAGGGAGCACAGCAACACCCGGGAAGAUUCUGGUGAGCUGAGCUCUCCAUUACAGCAGCAGAUCACCAGACUUGACGAAGAGCUCGGGAGGCAGGAGUCGCUGUGGGCUGACGUUCACAGCCCUCCUCCUCCUCAGAGGCCAAUGAGUUCAAAGAGACAAAGAAUUAACUCGGGGCCAACACCACCACAGGAAGACGGAGAUAAAAGUCCUUCCGGGAGAUGCCCAGACAGCAGCGCCACACGCACUGGAAGGCCGACUCCCUGGGCGGAAAGACGGGCAUCUGAAGACGGAAAGGGGACCGCUAUGCAUCCAUCUUCCCGAAGUCCACAAAACUGGAGUGGCAGAAAAUCACGAGUACAGGCUUCCCAGGCCGCCACGCUGCAGGAGCGGAUGGCGGCAGUCGGAGGAGAUGGUGAGCGGGACAGGGACCCCUACCUAUUUCCAUGCGUCCUCCCGUGCCAUUGCCUGCAGCCCUACCAGAGUGCCCUCUCAUCCCGCACCUGCCCGGCCGCUUUCCCAAACACCAGCUCUGUCCAUGCAGCUGUGGGAAUUUCUGCAUUGGGGGUCCCACCAGGAGGGGCCAAGACUACCCUGUGUGAGUCAGGAAAGAACUCCUUCCCCACGUCGCUGCCGGAAACUGACCAUAGCAGCUUCGGACCCCCACAGGAGCCUUUCUCGGUGAAGAAACAGAACCCAUUGGUGGCCGAGCCUCAGCUGGACUCCUUCCCAUCCUCGGCCCAGGCCUGCUUGGCCCUGCAGGGCGAGCCUGGCACUGUCUUCCUCCAGAGUCCACUCCCAGGGCCUCCUGCCUACCAGCUGCUUCAUGGCCUUUCGGGGAGCUCCAUAGAUGUGAGGCCAGGGCCCUCUCUGCUCAGACCCCCGCAGGCUCUGCGCUCUUCAGUCUUAGAGAGUUCUGAAGGUGGAUUUCUCAGCCACGUUCAACCUGAUGAGCUCACCGGUUCUUCCGCAAACACUGCAGAGCUGAGGGUAGAAAAAUUCUACCCUGCUGGCUCCAGAGAAAUUGUGUUUCCCGAUGGGACAGUGGAACGAUUCCAGGACAUACAGGAAGAGACCUUGUUUCCUGACUGGACAAUCCUAAGGGUAGAAAGGAAUGGAGACAAAACCAUCGUGCUCAGCAACAGGCAGAAAGAAAUCCACAUGGCCCAGUUCGAGUGGAGGGAGUACCCAGAUGGCACCAUCAAGGCUGUGUAUUGCAGCGGCUGUCAGGAAACCAAGUAUGCAUCCGGGAGGGUUAAGACCAAAGAUGAAGCUGGAAAGAUGGUCCUGGACAGGAAGGAGAUCCGCCCUCAGCACGCAGCAUCACAUGGGAAAUGCCGACCACAGUUUCUUCCUAAAACAGACGAAAACUCAUAACAGAUUAGCUGCCCCAAAUGCCCAAAUGAUCUUGGAGAGCCACCAAAGCUUUAGGACUACCCAAGUCAUCUAGAAACUGCAAGGAAAAAGGCAUUCUCUCCUGUAUUUAGGAAACAUGGUUAGAGCAGCAUGCAUCAGAGAACAGGAGGCU